CGCGGAGCCGCGGCCGCUCUUCUCGGCGCUGCUGGGCUAACUGAGGAGCGGAGGAGAGUCCGGGCUGAGGCGCCCCGGGUGAACUUAAAUCGAAUGUAGAAGAGGCUUUCAAAUAACCCUGGCCUGAUGCGCAUACAGAAGGAAUGAAGUAUGGAUGUGAAAGAACGCAGACCUUAUUGCUCCCUGACAAAGAGCAGAAGAGACAAGGAACGGCGUUACACAAAUUCUUCAACAGAAAAUGACGAGUGCAGAGUGCCUACGCAGAAGUCCUACAGCUCAAGUGAAACCUUGAAAGCUUUUGAUCAUGAUUCUUCCAGAUUGCUGUAUGGAAACCGGGUAAAAGACUUGGUCCACAGGGAAUCCGAUGAGUAUAGUAGGCAAGGACAGAAUUUUACACUAAGGCAGUUAGGAGUUUGUGAACCAGCAACUCGAAGAGGACUGGCAUUUUGUGCUGAAAUGGGGCUCCCCCACAGAGGUUACUCUAUCAGUGCAGGGUCAGAUGCUGAUACUGAAAACGAAGGAGUGAUGUCUCCAGAGCAUGCCAUGAGACUUUGGGGAAGGGGGGUCAAAUCAGGCCGCAGUUCCUGUCUCUCAAGCCGCUCCAACUCAGCUCUCACUUUAACUGAUACUGAGCAUGACAACAAGUCUGACAGUGAGAAUGAUUCGUCCCAGGAGAUAACUAAUAAAGUUGCUAAAUUUUGCCUUUGAGUGUCUGGGAUACACAAGCAGUUGACUGAAUCUCAAUAAUUUUAUCCCCCCCAUUGGAGGAAGACAUCACCUCUUCAUCUCCCUACAAUUUGUGCUCACUGUUCUGUGCUCGUCACACCACAUGUGCCCUCCUUAAUUUAUUUUGCCUUUAUUUUCUUAUUCCUUUUAUUCUUAUUAUUACUGUUGAGUUUCUGGAGCCAAUUUUGUAUCAAAAUAAACUUUGUGAAUGUGCAUAAGCGAGUACUUACAUGCAUGCUAAACUUCUUAUUUUUUAGUGAAAUAAUAAUCUAUUUGUCAAAGACUCUCCAACACAGAAUUAGAAUACUACAUGAAUACCCGUUAGAAUAACCUCUAAAUAGUUACAGAAGAGGUUAUUCUAAUAUUUUAUUAUGUUUUAUUGAGUGGGAGAAGAGAGUUGCAUGAGUAGAAGGACCACUCCUAAUUCUUUGUUCCAUUACCAGAGUAAUAUUUAUAACUGGAACACGUUUAGUUACUUGUUGAUAUACAGAAA